GAAGAAGAAGAAUAGCGUUAGCUGCUAGCUAUUAGCUGUUAGCACAGCUCCGGGACAACGCGGCCUUCAGACCCGGGGAAUAGUGAAUGGUUCUAGCCGCUCUGAGGAACCUCUUUGGGAGCCGGUUGGAUCAGAACCAGCCGGUCCAAAGGAAGCCAAUGGUGAAACCAUUAACGUGCGGCUGAAUCUAGAUCAGACCGGAGGAACGUCCAUGGAAACCCUCACUGAGACCCCCGUUGUGCUGCAGCCCCGCUGGAAGCGGGUCCUGGGCUGGACUGGCCCGGUUCCGCGACCCCGGCACGGGCACCGGGCCGUGUCCAUUAAGGAGCUGAUGGUUGUGUUCGGAGGAGGAAACGAGGGAAUCGUGGACGAGCUGCACGUCUAUAAUACAGCUACCAACCAGUGGUUCAUCCCGGCGGUGCGCGGCGACAUCCCGCCGGGUUGCGCCGCCUACGGCUUCGUGUGCGACGGGACGCGCCUGCUGGUGUUCGGAGGGAUGGUGGAGUACGGCAAAUACAGCAACGAGCUGUACGAGCUGCAGGCCAGCCGCUGGGAGUGGAAACGCCUGAAAGCCAAAUCCCCGAAGAAGGGCCCGCCCCCAUGCCCUCGGCUCGGACACAGCUUCUCUCUGAUUGGCUCCCGGUGCUAUCUGUUUGGUGGGCUGGCCAAUGACAGCGAGGAUCCUAAGAACAACAUUCCCAGGUACCUGAAUGACCUGUACUCUCUGGAGCUGAAACCCGGUUCCACCGUGGUCAGCUGGGAGAUCCCGGCCACGACCGGGCCGCCGCCGCCUCCCAGAGAGAGUCACACGGCAGUGAUGACGAACAGGGGCGGAGUCAGCAGGCUGAUCAUCUACGGCGGGAUGAACGGCUGCCGCCUGGGAGAUCUGUGGGUUCUGGACGUAGACUCUCUGGUGUGGAGCCAACCAGCUGUCAGAGGGACGCCUCCCCUUCCCCGCAGCCUGCAUUCUGCCACCAUCAUCAACAACAAGAUGUACGUGUUUGGAGGCUGGGUUCCUCUCCUGGGGGACGACGUGAAGAUGGGGACUCAUGAGAAGGAGUGGAAGUGCACCAACAACCUGGCCUGCCUCAACCUGGAGAGCAUGUGCUGGGAGACGGUUCUGAUGGACGGCGACGAGGAGAACCUGCCCAGAGCUCGGGCGGGGCACUGCAGCGUGGCCAUCAACUCCCGGCUCUUCAUCUGGAGCGGCAGGGACGGGUACCGCAAGGCCUGGAACAACCAGGUGUGCUGCAAGGACCUGUGGUACCUGGAGACAGAAUGCCCUGUGGCUCCGUCCCGGGUGCAGCUGGUCCGGGCCAACACCACCUCCCUGGAGGUGAGUUGGGGGCCGUCUAAGACGGCAGACACGUACCUGCUGCAGCUGCAGAAGUACGACAUCAUUCCGGCCACACCUGCUUCUGGCUCCGCCUCUGCUGCAUCAGCUUCAACCAGCCAUGCGGUCCUGGUGCCGGGCGUGGUUCCCUCUCCUAGCGCCUCAGCACCUGGACUCCCAUCUGCUGCAAGCACCAAAAGUGCAGCGGUCCUGAAGAUGGCCACGGCCAAACCCCCCGGCACCAUGGCAACACUUCCUGCAGGUGUGCGAGUGGCGGUACCUGGGCAGCCCGGUCAGACACCAAUCGGCAGCAGUCCUCAGAUGAGCGGCAUGGCGGCCCUGGCGGCGGCGGCCGCGGUCACUCAGAAGAUCCCGCCGUCCCCGGCGCCGGUCCUUGGCGUUCCUGCGGGGGACGCCGCCGUGACGACUGUGAGUUUGGGACCCUACCAUGGUGACGAGCUGACGGUCCUGAUGCUGACAUCAUCCUCUCUGUUUCAGGUGAACAACUCGGCCACACGCCUGCUCAAGACUGCUGCCGCUCAGGUGGGCGGGGCUUCAGUAGCUCCCGCCCCCGGGACGGCGAGCCGGCCAAUCAUCACGGUGCAUAAGUCGGGAUCGGUGACGGUGUCCCAGCAGCCUCAGGUGGUGACCACGGUAGUGGGCGGAGUCACAAAGACCAUCACCAUCGUCAACAGUCCCAUCAGCCUGGGAGGGGGCGGAGCUUUGCUCGGUAACCUUGGCAACCUGGGGAAGAUGGUGUCGGUGGUCCAGACCAGACCGGUCCAGAGCGGCGUGGUUACCGCGCAGGCUGGCAGCAGCCCGGUCGCUCAGAUCCUUCAGGCGAAGGGCGCUCUACCUGCCGGAACCAUCCUGAAGCUGGUGACGUCAGCCGACGGCAAGCAGACCGCCAUCCUCAGCACGGCGCAGGCCGGCUCCGCCGCCGGCAAGCCCACCAUCAUCAAGACCAUCCCGCUGUCGGCUCUGCAGGGAGCAGCAGGUGGGAGCAGUCCGAUCACCAUCCUGACCACCAAGGUGGGGACUCCGGGAACCGAGAAGCUGAUCAGUGCGGUCCCCAGGAUGUCUGCAGGCAGCCAGCAGGGGGUCACACAGGUGGUGCUGAAAGGAGCUCCUGGGACUGCUGGUACCAUCCUCAGAAGCAUCCCCAUGAGUGGACUCAGACUGGUGUCGCCAGGAGCUGCCGGUACCACGCUGGUGGUCAAAGGAACCACAGGGGUCUCUGGUCUGGGGACGGUAACAGGAAGCGUCUCCACUUCCCUGAUGGGCGGAGCCACUCCCACCGGCCAGGUUACCACGGCAACCGCCACCACCUCAGGACCCAGACAGGUGACCCUGAUCACCACGCCUAGCGGCGCCGAGCCUCAGCCGCUGGUCCAGGACCUGCCCGUCUCCAUCAUGGCCUCUCCUACGUCAGAGGAACCGGGCGGCACCACCGGUACCACCACCACCACCAACGCCGGGGGAGACGCAGCCACAGCAGUGACUCUGGUCUGCUCCAACCCGCCCUGUGAGACCCAUGAGACCGGUACCACCAGUACCUUCACCACCGCUGGAGCGGGAGGGGUCCAGCAGGUGUGCUCCAACCCGCCCUGUGAGACCCACGAGACCGGCACCACCAGUACCAACACCGUGACCGCUGCUAAAAUGAACCAGGAGCUGCAGGUGUGCUCCAACCCGCCCUGUGAGACCCAUGAGACCGGCACCACCAACACCGCCACCACCGCUGGAGCGGGAGGGGUCCAGCAGGUGUGCUCCAACCCGCCCUGUGAGACCCAUGAGACCGGCACCACCAACACCGCCACCACCGCUACAGCCCAGCAGAGCGGAGACGGCGAGCACGGAGAACCCCCAGACUCCGCCUCCUCGUCUGCCUCCGCCGUCACUCAGAGCGCAGCGGUUACCAUAGUAACGCAUGCCACGCCCACACCCGGCCCGUCGGUGCCGGAAAUCUCCUCAUUGGUUGGUGCUGAGAGGGCGGAGUCCUCAGAGAGCAUCACCAUGGUGACAGGAGAAGGGGAGGAGCCAACAGUGGCAGACAGCCAGUCAGGGCACGAUGAGGCCAUGAUGUCAUCGGCGUUGUCAGAUGGAGGUCCUCCUCAGCAGCUGAUGUCAUCAGAGGGGGACGGAGGCGAGGACGUCUCCAGGACGUUGACCUACGCGCUGACCCAGCAGGUGGCGCUGUAUCCGGCGGGCGCCAGCGGUGAAGCUAGCCAAUCCGACGACCAGGCCGUCCGCAUCGUGCUGACACCACAGGAGCUGGCAGCGCUGGUCCAGCAGCAGCAGGAACCAGAACCCAGCAGCGUGCCCACAGAGGGUCUCGCUCCAGCCGACAGCCUGAACGACCCGAGCGCAGAGAGCCACGGGCCCCAGCUCGCCACCUCGGCCGUCAGCAGCGCCGUCGCACGAUUGGCCAGCACUUUUGGCCCCGCCCCUUUGAUGACGGAGGGCCAGGCGAAGAGCCCGGCUGUCGCCACGCGGAUGGAGACCACCAACGGCGUCACAGAGCCAACGACUAAACAGAACAUCCGGGGAAAGUCGGCGCCAAAGGAGAACCCUUGGUUUGACGUCGGCAUCAUGAAGGUCACCAAUGCCGUGGUCACGCACUACUACAUGCCCUACGACGACGACGCGGCCGACGAAGACUCUGGGUCGGUUCCAGAUUACAGCCAGAUGAGGCGGGUGGAGCUUCAACCGGGAACGGCCUACAAGUUCCGGGUGGCAGGGAUCAACAUCUGCGGCCGCGGCGCCUUCUCCGAGGUGUCGGCGUUCAAAACCUGCCUCCCUGGGUUCCCCGGAGCUCCGUGCGCCAUCAAGAUCAGCAAGAGCCUGGACGGGGCCCAGCUCACCUGGGAGCCCCCCGCCGUCACGGCAGGUAACAUCACCGAAUACUCGGUUUACCUGGCCAUCCAGUCCAGCCAGCCCAAAGCCGCCGGUUCUGGUCCGGCCCAGCUGGCCUUCAUGAGGGUGUACUGCGGCUCCAGCCCGGCCUGCCUGGUCCAGACCGCCAGUCUGGCCAACGCUCACAUCGACUACACCACCAAGCCCGCCGUCAUCUUCCGCAUCGCCGCCCGCAACCAGAAGGGCUACGGGCCCGCCACGCAGGUCCGGUGGCUGCAAGAAACCAGCAGAGACUCCAAACCGGCGCCGAGGAAAGGUGGAGCUUCUCAGGGGAUGUAAGAACCGGCGCCACGGACAGAUACCAGAACCCACCCAACACAAAGAUCCACCAGAACCUUCUCUCACUGAUACUGGACCAUGGUUCUGGUCGCAUUGACCAGCGGAGGCCAACAGAGGAUAGUGUCGAUGGUCCAAACCCACCUGGCAGCUGCUCAGGGGCUCCGGUUCUGUUGGUCCGGUUCUGAUGGUCCAGACGGUUCUGAAUGAAUAUGUGGAUGUGGAGCUCCUCUGUGACAUUCAUUCAGGUUCUGGUCCAAACGGUUUUCCUUCAGAACCAACAUGCAGAACUUCAGGUUGUUUGUGGGCCCUGGUGGAGAAACACAACAGGUUCCUUCCUCCUGGUUCUAUGGUUCCUGACUUUAAACUUCAAGAACACAAGAACCUGUUUCCGCAUCAGGAUCCGUUCCCUUCAGAACUCUGGCCUGAGGUGGGCGGAGCUAAACGACUACAGGUGUGUUCAGGUGAAGUCCGCUCAGUCAGGACUUCCUUUGAGUUUGGGUGUUUAGUGGGUGGAGCCUCAGAUAGUUGGGGGCGGGGUUUCAAGAGGGGGGGGGGGGCUCUGCUGUAAUUAUUAUUUUUUUACUUUAAUGAAAAAGUUUUUCUUGGGUUUUCUUUCUGUUAAUGAUGGAACGCUCUCAUUGGUCCAAUUGUGCUGAUGUUUAAUAUUCUCUGGAACAAUAAAGAUUUUUAGAGCAUUUUUUCA